UUUGGUUUUAGUUUGAUUUUGCAGGUUGCCUAGCAACGGUACAUUUGAAAUAAAUAAGAAAUUUAAAAAGAGACGUACUUUCAGAGUAAUUCAGUAAUUUUAUUUACAAUAAAUAAUUUUAUUAAGAUAAAUAUAUUAUGGCGGAAUCGGUUUUGAUUACGCAGGAAAUAACUUCCACUGAUAACAGUACAAGAGAGUUUUUGAUACAGGAAAAAAAUUGUGAGGCAUUUAAGGACAGUGAUGAAGAGAUUAAAAUGAUAUUUAAUGAAAUUAAAAAACUUUCGGAUAAUAAAAAUAAGGAUACGGAAAUUGGUGAAGAUGUUGAUGAUGUGGAUUUAAUUUUAAAGCGAGCAGAGGAUAUUGCCAAUGAGACUGAAAAUAUUUUAAAAACUAGUCCCAUAGCGACCGCCGUGAACGGUAUUCAUUCAUAUAUCGAAACAAAUAUACCACAAAUAAAAAUUACCAAGCCCAAUGACAGUGAAAUACGGACAAUUAAUACGAAAACAAUCAAAGAAAAGAUUCAUCAACCUACAAAGUACAGUGCUAAGGAAGUAAGUGAGGUUCGUAGAAAUACAAAGCUAAGACCUUUCUCCGCUGGCGUCAUCGAUAACAAGAAAAAGGAGGCCGCGAAAGCAGUCAAAUCUAUAACGAAUACACCAAAAAAAUUAUCAUGUUGUAAACAUGAGUCGAUAUUAGAAGAACUAAAGGAUACGAAUGAAAGAAUUAAAAGUCUAGAGCUACUAAAUGUUCAACUCACAGAUGACAAUAAAGUAUUACGUAAGAAGUUGGACCAAGUUAACGAAGAAAAAUAUCUAGCGACAUUAAAAAUUUCCGAAUAUGAGAAAUUUUUUCAUCGAUUGUCAAAAGAAUAUGAAAAUAGAAAUUCAGAACUUAAAACUUCUAAACUGAAUGAGACGUCCCUAAUGACUGAAUUAAAUAAGGAAAGAAACGAAAGAAAAAAUAUAGCUAUUCAGCGUGAUAAAGACGCCUUAGUUAUUCAAGAUCUACAAAGGCAGGUAAAGGAAAUGGAAAUGAUAUUAAAAAGGAAACAUCCAGAUUCCGUGUCGGCUUUGAUAGUUGCGUCAAAAACAUCCUCACUUGAAGAUAAUAAGAAGAAGUUAUUAGAAGAACGUAUUUCGAGGUUAGAACAAGAACUAAAAGACAAGGAAAGUCACUUUCAGAGCAUACUGUUGACUCUACAGGAAAAAUUUGGUGAUAUGAAGCAAAAGUAUGAAAACCACAUAAUCGACGUCGAACGACAAUUGAUGGAGGAUCGUAAAUUAAAUAAUGAUUUAAAGAAUAAAAUAAAUAAAGGAAAUGUGACUGACUCCGCUGUUCAAACAUUGCCUCGACAGCAACACACAGUUGCUACGCAAACAUUCAUUAAACCGGAUCGGGCGACAUCAGCUGUAAGCAGAUUGACACAAAAUUCGGCAUUGAUAUUUAAUAAACUAAAAGAGGAUAGCUACUUGGUUGCCACUAUUAAGGGUCUGCAAGCUGAAUUGACUGUAAAACAACGGACUAUUGCUAAGAUUAAUCGAGAAACGGAAGAGCUAAGAAAGAAUCUACGUAAUUCGCAAAAAGAAAAAGAAGUUUUACUUAACUUCAAUCCACAAAAGAAAACGGGAUGUAAACCAGCUAAAUCCGCGGAAAAUAUGUUGGCCAGAGUGAAUACCGAAAUGGAGACAGAGUUAAGUGACAUAAGGAAGCAAAAAGAAACUCUCAUGCAAGAGAGGGUUGGUCUCCUGGCGUCUCUCAAACGAUCCAACGAGGAUUUGAUAUUGUUGAAAAAGAAACGCAUUCAAGAUCUACAUACACUCCAACUGGCACACGAAAAAGAAUUGAUGCAGAUGAAUAUGCAACUGUAUCCACUCCAAGAGGAAAUUAAACUCCUCAACAGGACGGUGGAAAUUUUACAAGAAAGAGUGCGAUCCGCUGAAGAUAAAUUAGUUAGGUACCAAAGUGAUUUAAAGAGUGACCUUAACGCCGGAGGCGAUAACCCGUUGAGUAAGAAUAAUAAUCGUUAA